AUGGUCAAGGCUGUUGCUGUCCUCCGCGGAGACGCGAAGAUCGCUGGUACCGUCACCUUCGAGCAGGCUGCCGAGAACAGCCCCACCACCAUCUCCUGGAACAUCACCGGCCACGACGCCAACGCCGAGCGUGCCUUCCACGUCCACCAGUUCGGUGACAACACCAACGGUUGCACCUCUGCCGGCCCCCACUUCAACCCCUUCGGCAAGACCCACGGUGCUCCCACUGACUCCGAGCGCCACGUCGGUGACCUGGGCAACUUCAAGACCGAUGCCGAGGGCAACGCUACCGGCUCCAUGCAGGACAAGCUCGUCAAGCUGAUCGGUGCCGAGAGCGUUCUGGGCCGUACUCUGGUCGUUCACGCCGGUACUGAUGACCUCGGCAAGGGUGGUAGCGAGGAGUCCAAGAAGACCGGAAACGCUGGUGCCCGUCCCGCCUGCGGUGUCAUUGGUAUUUCUGCUUAA